AUGCCGCGGAUCGAUACGGGCUCGGAUCCUGUUUUCAACUUGCCCGACCCUUCUGUCCGACCGCAGCCUCAUGGUCCAACCCAGCCGUUUGCACCCACCUCCGCCUACAACACAACCUCGAAGGCGACGUCGGACGUCGCCAAGGUGACCGGACAACGCGGACCAACACUCGGUGCAGGCCGAGGAAAGCGAACAUUGUUCCGCCAUUCACUGCCGAUGUUUACAUGCCGAAUGUCACUAUUUUCCAGACUGUCGGUUGUCAAGUUGAGGUGCGUUUCAUGCUAUGCAUCAUACUUGUACUCUCAUCAUCUUCUUUUCACGCAAUUGAGGUGGUAUAGAAACGUGGCCAGCACCCAACCGAACCAACUAUUUGUGGGUAGUUUGAUGGGGAAGAGAUGUUUGAUUGAGGUCUCAUCCGCUGUCGGUUGCUGUUGCUGCUAUGCUCAGAUUAAGGCACGCGUAGAAGGGAAAACAAUCUUAGUACCACUUCCAGUUUAG